UUCCUCGUUAUCCCCACCUUACGGUGCUCAACACUCCAGACCAGAGAGGGUAGAGAGAACGGGAGACAAAGAAAAUGGCUGCUGAGACUUUCAAAGUAACUGGUUCGGGUUCUACAGUUUGCAGCUUCAAUGGUUCUCAGAGGAGGCCUAUCCCUCUCUGCCCUAAAUUUCGUUUUCUGGGUCUUUCUCCUAGAGUCUCUACUCGUUCAUCAAUUUGCUCUUCUCGUUCGCAUUUCUUUGGCAGCAAGGGAAUUGGUUCGAAGCUUCCCGUUUUACGCCAACGGAGCCGGGGAAAAUUCUCUGUAUUUGCCAUGGCUACUGAAGAGUCAAAGCGUGCAGUGCCAUUACAAGAUUAUCGAAAUAUUGGGAUUAUGGCUCACAUUGAUGCUGGAAAGACCACUACUACUGAACGAGUUCUUUAUUACACUGGGAGAAACUAUAAAAUAGGAGAGGUACAUGAGGGAACAGCUACAAUGGAUUGGAUGGAGCAAGAGCAAGAAAGAGGGAUUACCAUCACUUCUGCUGCUACUACCACAUUCUGGAACAAACACCGGAUUAAUAUUAUUGAUACCCCUGGCCAUGUCGAUUUCACACUAGAAGUGGAGCGUGCACUUAGGGUUUUGGAUGGCGCUAUAUGUUUGUUUGACAGCGUUGCCGGCGUGGAGCCACAAUCUGAAACUGUAUGGAGGCAAGCAGAUAAAUAUGGGGUACCUAGAAUUUGCUUUGUGAAUAAGAUGGAUCGGCUUGGUGCAAACUUUUUUAGAACAAGAGACAUGAUAGUAACCAACCUAGGAGCUAAACCACUUGUAAUUCAAUUGCCCAUUGGUUCUGAAGAUAGAUUUCAAGGAGUUGUUGAUCUCGUCAAGAUGAAAGCUGUGAUUUGGUCAGGAGAAGAACUGGGUGCCAAAUUUUCGUACGAGGAUAUUCCAGCCGACCUUGAAGAGUUGGCUCAGGAUUACCAUUCACAAAUGAUAGAAACCAUAGUUGAACAAGACGAUGAGGCUAUGGAGAGCUACUUAGAAGGAGUCGAGCCUGAUGAGCAAACCAUUAAGAAAUUAAUUAGGAAGGGAGCCAUUGGAAGCAGUUUUGUGCCUGUUUUAUGUGGCUCUGCCUUUAAAAAUAAGGGAGUCCAGCCGCUGCUUGAUGCUGUUGUUGAUUAUUUGCCUUCUCCACUUGACGUCCCCGCAAUGAAGGGGACUGAUCCUGAGAACCCAGAAGUGACAGUUGAGAGGAGUGCAGACGAUGACGAACCUUUUGCUGGACUAGCUUUUAAGAUUAUGAAUGAUCCAUUUGUGGGAUCUCUUACGUUUGUGAGAGUGUAUGCUGGGAAGCUAAGUGCAGGAUCCUAUGCAUUGAAUGCAAACAAAGGAAAGAAAGAGAGAAUUGGUAGACUUCUUGAAAUGCAUGCCAACAGCAGAGAAGAUGUUAAGGUCGCUUUAGCUGGUGAUAUCGUUGCUCUUGCAGGUUUAAAAGAUACAAUAACAGGGGAAACAUUGUGUGAUCCGGAAUAUCCUAUUGUGCUUGAGCGGAUGGACUUCCCUGAUCCUGUAAUUAAGGUUGCGAUUGAACCCAAGACUAAAGCUGAUAUUGAUAAGAUGGCAACUGGUCUGAUAAAGCUUGCUCAAGAAGACCCUUCGUUCCACUUCUCUAGAGAUGAAGAAGUUAACCAGACUGUAAUUGAAGGAAUGGGAGAACUCCAUCUCGAGAUUAUUGUUGAUCGUCUCAAGAGGGAAUUUAAGGUCGAAGCUAACGUCGGUGCACCCCAAGUAAAUUAUCGUGAGAGCAUUUCUAGAGUCACAGAAGUUAAGUAUGUGCACAAAAAACAGUCGGGUGGACAAGGGCAGUUUGCUGACAUAACAGUACGAUUUGAGCCCAUGGAGUCUGGUGGUGGAUACGAGUUUAAAAGUGAAAUCAAGGGAGGUGCAGUACCAAAAGAAUAUAUUCCAGGGGUAAUGAAAGGAUUGGAGGAGUGUAUGAGUAAUGGUGUUCUAGCAGGAUUUCCUGUUGUAGAUGUGCGUGCUGUAUUAGUUGAUGGUUCUUACCAUGAUGUAGAUUCAAGUGUCUUAGCAUUUCAACUGGCUGCUAGAGGAGCUUUCCGGGAGGGGAUCAGAAAAGCUGGACCAAAGAUGCUAGAACCUAUUAUGAAAGUCGAAGUUGUUACUCCUGAGGAGCACUUGGGAGAUGUUAUUGGUGACCUAAACUCAAGGAGAGGCCAGAUAAACAGCUUUGGUGACAAACCUGGUGGUCUUAAGGUGGUGGAUGCUCUUGUUCCACUAGCAGAGAUGUUUCAGUAUGUAAGUACGCUCCGCGGAAUGACAAAAGGCCGUGCAUCGUACACAAUGCAAUUAGCCAAGUUUGAUGUUGUCCCUCAACACAUCCAGAACCAGCUCGCUUCAAAAGAGCAAGAAGUUGCUGCUUGAUUUUAUUCACUUGAUUUCAAUGGAUACUUUUGUGAUAUAUAUAUUUUGAGAGAAGCAAAUUUUGUUUCCCUUGUAUGCCAGUUACAGACAUGAAUUGACAUGAAAUAGAAGGAAUUGUGGAAAGGCAUCAUGGUAUUUAUGCAUGUCAGGUAGAUAACUUAUUUGGGUA